CGAUCCUUCUCGAACUUGAACACAUACCACCAUCAUCUCCUCGACAGCGACAUCCCACUCCCCUUCCCCUCUUCCCGACGUACAACGGCCAUGCAAACUACACUCCAGCAACUGGACGCGAUCUCUGCCGGCGCGAAGCGCCCCCUCGAGGCUGACGCAUCGAACGCGACGCCGGUACCCCCGGCGAAGCAGCCCAAGACGAAGAAGACCGCGGCGCGCAAGUCGGCCGCGACGGCAGGCUUCUGCAGUCUUAGCAAGAAGGACUUUGGAGAUGAGAUCAAGAGCUGCUUGACGCUCGAGAAGUAUGCUAUCCAGCGGAUGACAUUUCCCGUCCAGAUGGACGUUGACUUCUUCCGCAACUUCUUCGUUGCGCCUGGCACCAAGAUCGUCCCCGAAGUCUACGACGAGAACACGCCCGUCGUCGUCGCUACCCUGUCCAACCAUGCCGCUGGGCAGACCUUCGGCGUCAGCAAGAUCAAGAACGGCAACCGCUACACCACAUACGACUUGUCGCUCAUGACUGUCGUCUUCUACCCUCCGACGAAGAAGGCUCAAGUAUGGGUCAGCGUCUAGCGCUUUGGAACUACCUUUUGAGACUACCCCUCAUCUUCACCAUGUUCUGCCUAACCUACUUGCCAUCUAUAUUCCGUUCCUCCCUUUUGCUUAUUCUGUGCUUGCCUGCUACUUAUAAUUUGUACUCACGAGCCUUUGGAAGGCUAAUCUCGGUAGAUGUGUACCCUAUGUAUCACGAAUCAACCCUCUUAGACUGUCACGGCAUUAC